CUGACCGACGAGCAGCUUGAGGAGCUUCGCAUCAAGCGCAAGGCCUUUGAAGCAUCCGAGAAAAAGAGAAAUGCCAAAUUCUACAACUCCAUGUCCCUCGCUGUCAUCACCAGUGCCAUCGGAACGUACAUCUUGCUGGGCAUCGACAAGGACCCUAACCACCCCGAUGAUACCCACCACCAGAGGGUCUUGCGAACUCUCGGCAUCAGCACCACCAACAAAGCCAGCCUCACGAUCAGACCCGACGAGAGCAAAAAGUUCCUUCCGGACCCGCUGCCCGAGCCAUACGGUCGCCCGUACACCCUCUUCAUCGAGCUCAAUGACUCUCUCGUCCAUCCCGUUUUCGAUAAAUCCGUGGGCUGGAAGGUUGCUAUCCGUCCUGGUGCCAAGGAUCUCCUGGCCUAUCUUUCUCGCUUCUACGAAGUUGUCAUCUGGACCGACUCUCUCAACUAUGUCGGCGAUCCGAUCAUCCAAGCCCUCGAUCCCUAUCGCUUUGCUUGUUAUCGCCUCUAUCGGGAUGCAACCACCUCUAUUGGCACCGAGUAUGUCAAGGAUCUGAGUGUCACCAACCGCGAUCCGAAAAAGUGUAUCAUUGUUGAUAUCAACCCAAGCGCCUACCAACUCCAGCCUGAAAACGGCAUGCCCCUCCAAAAAUGGAAUGGCGAGAAGGGUGAUGAUGAGCUCAGGAAAUUGUCGGCUUUCCUUGACGAGCUCGCUUUCCUGGGCAUGAUGCUUCAGAUCGAGGACCUUAGACCCCUUUUGAAGCAGAUCCGCGCUGCGGGACCCAGCAAUAUUGGCGAUGCCUGGUCGGCCCACAAGGAGUGGAUGCGCGGCGAAUUCGACAAGCUUCUCCCUCCUCCCCCCGCCUCAGGGAUCAGCGGAGUCACGGCCGCUCUCUUUGGACGCUCGUUCACGCCCCAGACCACACCAAAUGUCAUCAGUCAGAUCGAAAUGUUGGCCAAGCAGGAGCGCCAGGCCUUCGAGAAGGACAAGGUCGAGAUGGAGAAGCAGCUUGCCGAUGCUAUGAAGGAACAGGAGAAGCAGAUGAACGAGCACAUGGAGAAGCUGAAAGACGGCAACUACAAGUUCUUUGACUAUCUGUCCGGCUCUGUGCCGAUGCCUGGUCAGCCGCAGCAAGGCAACUGAGCGCCGCUGUCGUGCCCUUGCAUUGGCUUGGGCUCUAUCGUGGCAGCCGUGUGCCCGCUCCCUCCCGCUCACCGACCCCCUCCCUGUGUUUCUUGACACCACCCACGUCCCGUAUCGGUUCCUUGCCCUGUCUGAAACAGUUGAGGAAGAGACCAGCAUCUUUAAAUUGCACCGCUCGCAUCUUCGCAUAUUUUUGUAUCACUGUGUUUGAUCUCGAUAUAGCGGCAUCUUUUCUGCAUGAAAGGGGCGCCACAAGGGUCAAAAUCACCACAGUUACCCCGAUCGCCCGCGCAAAUGUAACAGAGAGAAUAUCGCAACACUUGGGUAGCAUUGGCACCGCGGCUUUGGAUGGGAUGCACCAACUCCACCCACUGGGUGGAGUCGUGGGAGUCAACGAUGCAACUUCUCGCUGCGACAUGCGGAUUCAUGAUCCGGAGAAGUGGUCGUUGCCCCAAACGCCGUAACGAGGAGUAUCAGCUCCGCCGGAAUACCCAG